UACACACGUACUUCUCUACAGCGUGUUUCACAACGGCUGGUGUUGCAGACCUGAUAAACGCUACGUGCAGGAUGUACUGGUUGUCUCGGAGCUUGCUAACUUCAGCCCCAUAAAUUGCAAGGUUUUCAGUGAUCAGGACUUUGACACAUCCCCCUACUUUGCAUGAUUGCCAGCCUCAGCUUCAGAAUGUUCUCUCAUCGUAUUUCCAAAUACACCUGGCUUUCUUGGUGUGCAUUGAUCUAUUUUUUCGCAAAUGUGCUAUUCAUCGUUCAAUCGAUGGAAACCUCUCUCUCGGAGGGUUCAUUCGACAGCAUUCUGGCGAGUUUUUAUCAAAGUGCUGAGAAGUUCUCUGGGGAAAUCCCGAAGCAUAUUGAGGAGAAUUACAGGGCAAUGGGGCCGAUCAGAAAACAGGCGGCUGGUCCACAAGGCUCCAGCUCAAGCUUUCCCAUCAAUCACAACAAAGCUCUCGCCGCAAGGGUUUCGACUCCGUCAAACAAUCAAGUAGUUACCUUCAAUAAUGCUGGCUCUGCUGCCAGGGUUAAUCCCGCAACUUCAAAAGCUGGCAACCCGGCCUCUCUGAGCUCAGCUCUUAUUAUUCCUGGGGGAAUAACCUCUGAUCUGGGCUUGAAGGCUCACGUUGCACAGUUUGAAGAAAAAAUCCGGUCGAUUCAGUUUUUGGCGCGGGGUAAUGGAAUCCGUUUACGAAACCUCCCAAUUAUGAUGUUCUUCGGAUUUCACCAUCCAACCAUGACAAUUUGCAAAGCUAGCGUUUCGGGAGGACAGCAGCCAGUAGAAGUUCUGUCGCUCCUCUUCAGGGAAUUGCUUGGAUCAAUGUGGAGCUUACAAGUCGAAGAAUUAAACAGCCUCCGAUCCCAGAGUUUUGACCAUGUGAUUGAGUUGAAGAAACUCUUUGACUGGCUGUGCAUCCAGAUAUUUUCUCCUGAAGAAGGUAUCCCGAUUGUUGGGUUUCUCAAAAGUCACACUGGCAGUCGAAGGAAUUAUAAUUUUCAAACACUCAAGCAUCGACCAAUUCAGUCACAACUGUUGAAAUAUUUCUCUGAAGAUCUACUAUCUGAAAUGCCACUAGCAUCCGACUUGGCUCCAGUUCUGAUGGAGAAGUACUGGAAUGAUAUGGAAGCAAAAAAUGCUUUCAGGAAUCUCGAAAGAGAAGUCUAUACAGGAAAUGAAUUUGAAAGAAGAGUCCAAGUGCUUGCAAUGGUGGCUGAAGAGGUCUACAGUAAAAAUAAAGCAAAAUGGCUCAAACUAUGUUAA